CGAUAUUGCAGUAAUAUUUUCAUAGACAGUAAAUGUUCAGGUAAACACUAGAUCAUUAUGUGCCCUUUAAUUAUUACAGCAUGAUUUUUAUUGAUUUGUUUUUUCCCCCUCAUGGUUUAUUUAUCGCUGAGUUGUCGUCUGUGGGAGGCGGAUCCAGGAGAUGUGACGAGUACGGAAGGUUAUAUUCCCACUUUAACGCAAAGGUUUACGUUCAGUUUAAUAGCUACGCGUUUUAAUCCACAGAAUGACCGCACAAACAGCGAAGAACAUCAGUUCUAUUCCGAUAGAUGGAUUUAGCAAUGUUCGGAUUACAUCAACGUGGACAUUUUUACAGUCUGUCCAGUGGUCUGAGCCGUGGCUUGUUGGCCUGCUAGCGUUUCACAGCUUGUGUUUUGCGUUCACUAUACUGAGUUGCAGCUACUACAGACUCCAGAUCGCCCAGUUUCUCCUAAUGGUUGUGAUGGUGUACAGCGCAGAAUAUCUCAACGAAAUGGCAGCCAUGAACUGGAGGUCAUUUUCAAAGUUUCAGUACUUUGACUCCAAAGGCAUGUUCAUAUCUCUGGUAUACUCGGUACCUCUCCUGAUCAACACACUCAUUAUUGUGUCUGUGUGGGUGAAGAGGACCUUCUCAACCAUGGCAGAGCUGAAGAGAAGAGCAGCUAGAAAAAGUGUUAAGAAAACUCAGCUAACUUGGAAUCCCAAUACUCUGCAGUAUUCUGCCUGUUUUUAAAGCUUCAUAGUGGUACACAUACAUCACCUGUAAACCAUGAAAAGCAGCAUGGAGCAACUCAGCACUGUCUAUCUCCAUCUCUCAGGUUUGCUCUCCCCAAAGGAGCUGGGUGAAGUGUGUCACCUGACUCACAUGUUCCAGUCUAAUGAGGAGUAACUUAAAUAAUAAAAACAUGCCACACUUGUUCUUAAAUGUGUACCUUACAGCCACCUGGUGGCGCCAGAGAAGGUCCAGGCUCAAGUAGCAAUUUCUUGUAUUGAAGUGAAAAAAAAAAUGCCUUGACACAACAUUGGCUUUAAAAUUGGUGAUGUUUCAGGGGUGGUUUUCUCUAAAUUUACUCUAAAAUAAAUCAUUGGCCAGUCUUGCUUUCC